CUGUUAUUAACUUAAAAUAUGCUACCUUUACAUUAUCUGGUAUUGUAAAUUUUGUUAUCAAGGCAGAAAAGGGAAUAGGAAAUGAAAUUAUUGUACACACUAGAAUACCUUAA